CCAUAAAAGAAAUCAGUCUCAGCCAGCGAUAGUGUCCUGCUCAAGCCAACAGACAUGUCGGAUUUUCUGGAGGACCCGUCUGUGCUCACUAAAGAUAAGCUCAAAAGUGCACUGCUGGCCCAUAAUGUGGCUCUGCCGAACGGCGAACAGAAGAAGGACGUAUACGUACAACUGUACUUGAAGAAUCUGACCGCGCAAAACAAAAAGAGCAGCGGCUCUCCAGACGUCUUCUCCAGCGACGAGGAACUGCCUCCAGCCCCCGUGCUAGUCUCCAACAGUAGCCGCUCUGGCAGGAAAGCCACCAGGAAAACUGACAAAGUUCGUCCAGAGGAUGUUGAUGUCAUUGAUUUGAGCAACGAGGCUUUGAAGGACCUUUUACUAAAGUAUGGCCUGAAUGCUGGACCCAUUGUCGCGUCCACUCGGAAGGUCUACGAGAAGAGGCUUCAGAAGCUGUUGGAUCAAGGUCCUCCUGAGACUGUGGCCCCUCCCUCAGAGAUAUCGCAGACAGACGGCAGACAGAAUGGCAUCAUAGACUCAGACCAGUACAGCGACAAGGAGGAAGAAACGGUAGCUCCAGCCGCUGAGUUUGUGCCAGAACCUGAACCGGAAAUAGAGGCCGAAUCGAUUCCAGUUGUGGAGAGACCAAUCAGGAGCAGAGGGAAAGCGCCAGUGACUAGCAGAACACGCAGUGGCCAGCACAACAGGGAGGAGGAAGAUAACGAGGAGGAUGUUUUGAACAUUAAGAGAAAGUUGAAGAGAUCUUCUCGCAGGCUGGAUCAGAUGGUUCCUGCAAGCGACGACACUGAGAACUCUGAGCUCUCAUCUGCCGAAUACGUCUCUGUUUCUCAAGACAGGAGAAGAACAGGACCUGUGGCAGCAAGAAAAGAGCCCAGACCUUUGCUCACAGACAGGAUGUCAAAGCUCUCAUCUAAGACUGAAUCUCUGAGACGACGCAGUGCACCAGUUCGCUCAUUGCGGCCUGAUUUGAAUGAGGCUCCUGUCACUGAUAAGGAUUUUUCUGAGUCCUCAGUAGUGAAGGAGGUCUCUCUUUCUCUGGUGAGGAUGAAAGCACAAACUUUGGCAGAACCAAAGGAUCCCAAACCCUCAAAGCGCUCCUCUAUGUCUGCGACUGACUGGUCUGAAUCACUAAAACAUCACAACUCUCCUUACCAGUCAACCGUGUCUGGUUUACAUAGCGCCACUCCCAUUGACAAGUUUGAUGAGAAUGCAGCUGAAAUCACUUCUCCUCCAAUUAGAGCGUCCAAUCGAGAGCCGCUAGUUUCCCUGCUUAACACUGCUUGUGUUGAGGUGGAUGGCCAGGGUAUGCAAGACCUGCUGAGCUGUAGAUCUGUGAACCGUGCUCCUGUGGUGCAGGAAGUCAAAUCUGUCACUGUAUCAACGCUUUCAAAGCCUCAUUUGAGUCAAACCAAACCCUUGAUACCCAUGGUGAGCCGUCUUUCACCUUCCUGUGAUGGCCAAAGAGAGGUUUUCCCAUCACACGCAAGUUCUUUUAGGGAUUCUGCGUCCCGUACGGCUUCAGAGGACUCUCUUCUGGUCUCGUAUGACAUUUCCCAGGAGAGCUUUGGCUCACCAAAGACCAAGUCCAAGACUAGACAGUCCAAAAUCACCCCUUUCUUUUCCCAAAUCACUUCUGUCCGAGGACUUGAUAGCAGCCAGACGGAGACGCCAAAGUCAGCAAUGGUUGAAAAGGUGUCGGCUAUUGAUCAGACCCCGAGGACGGUAGAGAGAGAUGUGCUUAAAGAGAUCUUUCCCACUGAAAACCUCAACACCCCUACUGGAAUCAGUGCCACCUGUCGCCGACCAAUCAGAGGAGCAGCUGGCCGCCCCCUGGUCAGUGACGCAUGGCUGGAUGAAUCCCGUCUCCGUCUUAAGGAGCUCAGAGAAACCAGCUCCUCCUCCACCUACACAGAGACCCGAUCUGUUCCUCGCGUGGCCGCAGUCCCUCUAACCGCUUCCAAGCCCGCGGCGCCCCCUGCUGUGAAGAGCAGAGCGCGGCGCAGCCUGCCAGUGUGGGUGCAGCUUCUGCUGCUCAGUGCGGUCGCUGGAUUCCUGUUCUUUGUCUACCAGGCCAUGGAGACUGAUGAGGUUGGACUCUUCAAGCAGAACGGAGCAGAUGAUCGCACCAGCAAAUGAAUGUCAUGCAGUCGCCCCACUCUUUGCCCUCUCUAUCGUACUCAGCCAGUGCAUCUCUCUGUUGACUCAGCAGCUGUGGACUUUUACCUGCGAUCUUUAUAGAUUCAUACAAAGACAGAAACCCAGAGCUUUUGCAUCAUGUAUGUCUGCUCAUGCUCUCUUCCAAAUGAACCGGUUUAGAGGAAAAAAACCUGGUUAUAAUUUUAAAACAGUGACUUUUCUUGCCUUUGUAUGUUGAGUGAGUGUUUUUUUGUUUUUUUUUGUUUUUCAUUUGUACUUUAUUUUACAGAAUAAUGUUGGUGCUGUCCACGAAUGGGAUUCUGAGUUGAAGUGCUGAAGGAGUCGGCUAAAUACACUUGCUUUGUUUGUAAACUACAUUUAGUGUCUACUUGUGACAAUAUUUUUGCAUUUAUUUUCACAUGUAGCUCUUUAAAGGUGCCGUAUCCAUCUUAACACUGAUGCCCUUGUAGUAUUUAUGUAUGUUGUGGAAAUACAAAUAUUUUCAAUAAACUGUUUUGCAAUGUGA